GCCAUAGUCACCGACUUUAAACCAGCAGGCCAUCUUGUAAUGAAUUGAGUAAAAAUAUUUAAUUCUUUUGUAACGAAUUUGAGACAAGAAAAGAAAAACAGAGAACGGCGAAGGAGGAGAUGAAUGGGCCGCCGGAGAACGAUCUUUGCUCGAUAUGUCAUUCCCACUUUACUGCUCCUUGCCAAGCCAAUUGCUCUCAUUGGUUCUGCGGAAAUUGCAUCAUGCUUGUGUGGAGGCAUGGAUCUAUAUUACAGCCAUGCAAAUGCCCCUUGUGUCGUCGUCCCAUAAGUUUGCUCGUCCCUACAGAGGACACUAUCAGAGACCGUAAUGAUCCUACAGUUACCGAGGUUCUUGCUGAUCUUGAAACCUACAACCGACGCUUUGGUGGACAAUCAACUAGUUUAAUUCAGAGGAUGCAAGACCUUCCGUUCUUACUUCGGAGAUUGUUGCGGGAAAUGAUGGAUCCACAAAGAACACUUCCACUUGUCAUCAGAGCUCGAGUUUAUAUCGCAAUGAUUCUCAGUGCUGUUUACAUAGUCAGUCCAAUAGAUAUCAUUCCAGAAGGAGUUCUGGGGGUUGUCGGUUUGCUUGAUGAUCUACUCAUAGCCUUGAUUUGUUUCCUCCAUGUUGCUGCUCUCUACCGCUCGGUUCUCUAUUUCCGCCAUGCCGGUUCUUGAACCAAUGAAUGUUUGUGACAAUUCAAGAACUGAGAAAUGUGCUUACCUUCCGUCUUUGUCUUUGAUCACUUAACCUUGUGUAGACACGAUCAUUCUGUUUUGACUAUGGAAACUUAGAUCAGUGAGGA